AUGACUCUGCGUCCCUCCACUGCUCCUCAGCGUGUCCUGCUGCCGUCUCCUCCUGCGUCCUCUCUGCCUACUCUUCCUGAUCCGGAGUCUGACUCCCGUCGUGCUGCCAGUCCCACUGUCACCCGUCUCCUCGCUACUGUUGUCACUGACCCUACCUUUGAGUCCUCUGCUGCGUCUGCUCUGGUCGCUGAGUUGAUAGACUUUGCUGCCCGGUGUCGUCUAGACUACGCCACUAGCCUUGUUGCUGAGUCCGAGUCUGAGUCUGUCUGUCCUCCGUCCGUCGGGGGUGUGUGUGCUCUUGGCACUGACGUCCUUGAGGACAGACAGGAGGAGUUCCAGUGCUUUGCUGCUUCUUUGCCCCAUCUCGUGUCCAUGCUAGUUGCCCCUGAGGGAGACCCGGAUGCACCAGACAUCCCGACCCCGCGCACCUACGCUGAGGCGAUGGCGGGUCCCUACUCCUCUCAGUGGCAGACAGCCAUGGACGCAGAGAUGGCUUCCUGGAAGUCCACAGGCACCUACGUCGACGAGGUUCCCCCACCUGGGGCGAACAUCGUCAGUGGCAUGUGA